AUGACCAAAGAAACUAAAACACGCAAGCCCGGAGGGUCUUCUAUCAAGCAGCAAAAGCUAUGGGCAUGCCAGCCAAUAAUAACUCCAAAAACAGUCUUUCCUCUGUUUUUCGGAAUUGCCAUAAUCUUCACUCCUUUGGGUGGACUUUUACUUUAUUUUAGUGGAACGGUUAAUGCUCUUAUCUAUGUUAUAGUAUCCGAAAUUGACAUUGAAUAUACAAAUUGCGAGGCCGAAGCGACCAGUGAAUUUCGUAUAAUACCCCCCAGAUAUAUGUCUAAUUCCGAUAAAAGAGAUAUCGUUCAUAAUACCUAUUGGAAGAUAUCAGAUGUCACCCAUCCUUAUGCGAAAAAUCCAAACAACAAAACUACCAAACAAUGCUCUGUUCUCUUUUAUAUACACAAGGACAUUCCCCCUCCCAUACAUCUAUAUUACCGAUUGACCAAUUUUUACCAGAAUGAAAGAUCCUACUCUAAAAGUUUGGACAGUGAUCAACUGAAAGGUAUAGCUGUUCCUGCAAGCAAGCUUUCUAAAGGAGGUUGCAAAAAUCUCGCAACGUCAAACUCUUCUAUUAUCUACCCCUGCGGACUAAUCGCGAAUUCCAUUUUUAAUGAUACUUUUAGUAAUCUUAGCAUGACCAACGUUACUAUCGAUUCAUCAACGCUCGAACAGCAAAUAACUGUUGCAUUAACAAAUUUUACUUAUAACAUUACUUCUGUCGGCAUUUCUGCCCCCGGUGAUUCCUCAAAGUAUGGAAAAACGCAUUAUGAAAUAUCAGAGAUCAGGCCGCCCCCAAAUUGGGUAGAUAGGUAUCCCAAAGGCAUGUAUACGAAUGAUUUUCCCCCAAUAGAUCCAGUUCAUGAUGAGCACUUUCAGGUUUGGAUGCGUAUUGCUAGUCUUCCUAACUUUAGGAAGCUGUAUGGAACGAAUAAUUUGGAUGUGUUGACAGCUGGUUAUUACAUAGUUAAUAUCGACACAGUAUUUCCUUCCACAAAAUAUGAUGGCACAAAGUCCCUUGUAAUUUCUAAUAUCUCUCCAAUCGGUGGAAAAAAUCCAUUUCUGGGGUACGCUUACAUAAUUAUUGGAUGUCUAUGUGGAAUACUCGGGUGUAUAUUUUUUGCAAAACAUUAUUUUUAUUCAGCCAGAAAACUGGAAGAGAGAAGGAAGGCCGCUUGGAGAAUUAGGGAAGGGAAAACAAAUUAG